AGAGUGAUGCAGAUCCAUCUGGAACAGGGACUGAAAUGGAGGAUGUGUUCAUGCUAAGUUCAGAAACAGGCAUUCCACCACCUGUCUAUAAAGAUAAUGCUCAGUGUUUGCGGAAAAUGUGCAAGAACAUUAGUGUCCAGAACCUACAAGCUCUUGAAGCUGAGCCCUUCAGAAAAAUCCUGAGGAAUGCCUCCCUGCUCUCCCUCCACUCUGUUCACUCAACUCACUCCAUUUGCUCAGAAGUUGAGGAUGACUACGUAGAUCCAUUUGAUCGUGUGGAUGCCUCAUCCCCAGUCUGUCUCUCAGAUGAGGAGGAGGAGAUGGAGACUGCUGGCAUCACUUUCUCUGAGAUCGUCCAGUAUCUGUUCGGUGGGGAUGAACCUGAACGCUGUGCCUCCGCUGCCGACAACACGGCUGCUUCUUAUCUUGACGGAACUGGAACAUCUGUUCCUGAAACAUAUGACCAUUUUUUCUCAGAGUUUGAAGAUGGAAGUUUAUUUUACCCACUUGCGGAUAACACUAGCAGCAGUAAAGACGAGCUGGUGCCCAUUUUCUCCUGCUCGCGCUCAGUAAACAGAAACCUUCAGUUCCCAGAGGUGUAUGAUUAUUUCUUCUCUGAUGAUUCCCAUUCGGAUGAGGAUGAGGAACAUGACCAAACAGUCAUACAAGUUGUCACACGACAUGACUACAUGGCGGCCAAGAGUCACAAUGCAGUGGCAGCUUCGGAUACUUAUGAGGAACUUCCUCCUGAGACUGAUAAUAGCUGGAACUUCUUGAGAAACAACCCUCUUUCGUUUAGGAAGGCUCGUCGCUCAGACUUCACAGCUCCACCUGAGAAGUCCAGCUCUUGGGCUCUGACCCCUGUGAAAAACAGGAGAAGGUCAUUUCAGAGAGGAAUUCAGCCCAUUAAUGCCAUGGGCCCAGAUGAGAAGCCAUUUCCAGACCCGCUCCUCCUCAGCCUGGAGAACCGCAUCUUCGGGCAGCUGGCAAACCAGCAGAACGUACGCAAUGAGAUGCAGACAGCUGUUGCUGAUCCAAGAGUAGAUGCUGCACUGAUGCCACUGAAGCAGGCAGACAUGUGCUUGGUUUGCAUUGCCUUUGCCUCGUGGGUCCUGAAGUCUGCCAACCCUCAAGGAGCAGAUAUGUGGAAAGCUGCUCUGCUGGCCAAUAUAAGUGCACUUUCCGCCAUCCGAUACCUCAGGAGAUACAUGAGGGACGAGGCAGCUAAGAAAACUCCACUACGUCAGAUCGAGCCUGCGUAAACUCCACCGCAGCCUUCUGAGCCAGACUGCUUUUCAGUCACUAGACUAUGCAUGUAGGAAAUUCAUAUGAUGUGAAUAUUAUUACUGACACUGUAAUUUAUUGAUGUCAUUCAGUUGUUUCCAUCUGUGUGUUUGCUCAUUGCUUAUUUAUGGAUGUAUCUAGCAAUCAUAUGCAUAUUGUUGGGUGUAUGCAUCUUUAUUUGUCUUUAGGUAAGGGGCAUUAACUUUGUGAUCUCCAGGUGGCAUGUUUAAACCAUGCAGUACAGUAGUGACAUGACCAAAAUCCUCGAAUGAAAGGCGGGUUAUGUUUGACUGCGUCAAAACAGGUUCAGUUGCUGUAGACAAAGAGAAGCAGCAUGUGUUAAAGAGGUUUUCAGACAAGUGCACUGACCGAGACACAGAGUGUCUCAAAGAGAUUCUGCAUAAUGGAAGUAAAAGAGAGACUCUGUAAUGUGCAGUGAAGAACAGGUAGAUAAAAUGUAUGAAAUGGUGGAAUUUGGGUCCAAACACAAGGAUAUGUGGCAAAAUGAUGCACCACUAAAACCUAAAUAUAGAACCUACAUACAUCCCCAGAUUUAAUGUCAUCUCAGAACUUGUGAAGCAUCUACAGUUGUGCAAUAGAAAGAACAGCAGCUAUUAUAGGGCUAAACAUAAAUUAGCCCAGACAGUUAUGAUAUCAGUGUAUCAGUGUUUUAGUGGUAUUUACUGUACACUCUUGAAAAAGAUGGAGACGGAGAAUGUGUUGUAUGUGGUUCUCUACAUUCUCCAUCAAUCUGAAAAACUGUUUCACCAUGCUAAGAACCAUUUAAGCAUGAAAUUGUUCUACAUAGAGCCAAUUGUUCUGCAUAGAACAUUUCAGAACCCUUGAAGAAUCAAGAGUGUACAUGAUACCUGCUUUAACAAUAACUAUCAGUUGCAAUGUCAUUAUUGUGUCUCUCUCUCCUCUCUCUCUCUCAUUGUUCUUUUUCUGAGAGAGUUAGUUUUAUUUCAGUGAA